AUGGAAAUCGUAGCAAUGGCAACAGCUACAGGUAAACAAUUAAUCGGUGUAAAAGGUUCCCAAAAACAAAACCGCGAUAUCAUCUGGCUCAGAGGAAGUGGGCAGGAAUACUUGACAACAGAGAGGCUGGACUACAGAUCGUGGGAACUCGCUGCACUAGAUUCAGCAGCUGCCGUUCUGCAUCGCCGGCUAUACUGCACCUUGUCUCUCUCCAGCUCCAAUCUCCCUCUAGCCAUCUAUAUAUUAAUAUGGCAAUAA